AAAAGGUAAUUUAUCUGCGAGUAACAUAGCCUAUAUUUUUUUUAAUUUAUGCGGGCGAAAUCGCGAGCAAUAGUUAGUUUGGUAUAACUUUGACCAUAAAUUGUUUGUGAUUGCACAAACAGCUUACAAUGGCGCCAUGGUCAGCGUAUUUCGGUUGAAGUCUCACAAUGGUUGUUGAUUUAUGCUUUCGCAGCCUUAUAAGUAAUGCCCCGAAUGCUAUCUUGCUAUAGCUAUCGCACGUGAGUCACUUCUCUGUGUUGCAAUUCCACUAUGUCUUGGGUGUUAUCAUUUGCACUUUUUAAACGACUUCCCAAAACGAGGUUAUACGUGAGCAUGUUGUGCAAUUAUUGUGUUAUUCAAUUUAGCAUUGCUUUCUUUCUAGCUUGUUAUUGCAAAUUAAGGAGUAUUUUGUUUUAGUUUCCCCGUGAUGUAAAAAAAAUAUUAAUAUUUAAGUUUAGUUUUAUGAAAGUUUUGGUGCAUGGAAGUAAAAAUGAAGUUUAUUCCAUUAUGUUUCUUGAAAUAAACUUGUUAGCUUUUAUUUUCAGGGAAAUGUAACUUUGCUCUACUCGUGGUUCGUCCAUGCUCUGUAAUACCAUGAUUUUCAUGAUUUACAAAACAUUGUUUCCACGAACCGUGAGUAUACAACUACUUACGGCUAAUUACAAGAACAAACUUUGUUACUAUGUAAAAUAAAAAAUGUCUGUUAUCCAUAAUGAACUAGCACUAUUGUGUGCAAUUAUAUUAAGUAAUGAGAAAUGCAGACAAGUCACGCGAAGCAAAGAAUUGUGACACGCGCAGCCGUGUACCCGAAGUUGUAUGAAAAGCAACACGCGCUAUUGUUGUAUGAAAAUACUUUACCAGAAAAAAACUCUUUGCUCUCAUUUUGACAUUGUGACGUUUAAUUUAAAAAUAAAUAUAUGUCAAGUGGACGUUAUUGAUAUAUCGAAGAAAAUUUAAAAACUCGUACUUUAUAUAAAACUAAUAAUUUUACAAUAAAAAUCUAAAUAAAAAAUGAAAUAUGUAAGUUACCGUUGCAACUCGGUCGAAUAACACGGCAAAUCCGUUUGUGGACAUUAUGUGGUAACAUUUAAUACUCAACAUGUCAAAACUGAGAAAAUGAAACUUGAAUAAUGGAAAAUGAUCCCAGCAAGAAAGAGUCGAAAGGGAAGAGGAUAUUAAAGAAAGCUCUGCGUCGUAACAGUAAAUCUAGUAAUAACAACUCGGGAGCCGACGACACGAGCGUGUCUCGGUCUAAAAGCUUCCAGAGCAAGCGGCGCGGGGUUGAGAUCAACGACCCCCUGCCUACCCCUGACGGGGCCAACGAGAAAGACAAGAAAGACGCGUUGCGAGCCAGAGCUGAACCCACUCCCGACAAAAUACAGAAUGAUUUCGUCGAACCUCUCAAAGCAAACGAUAUACGAGACAAGAUUAAACAUUCAGCCGUCAAAUUCGAUAAGAAGGACGAACGUUCGUCAUUGACUAGUGUCAAAAAGAACCUAAAAAGGAAGUUAGAAGAGGAGAGCGGGGCGGGCACGAGUGGCGCGAGCACCGGCGCUUCGGACACUGACGCCGACGACAAGGACCCCAGCAAGGACAAGAAGAAAAAGAAUAGGUGCGCCGUCUGCCGCAAGAAGGUUGGACUCACAGGUAAACUGUCAAUUUAUUGCUGUUUUGCUGAUAAGUAAUAGUUCCGUUUCCCU